UGAUUGCCGAAUCGCUCGCUGCAGUUUCAUCGCAGUCCAAACUUCCUUCAAGAAGUAGAAAGCUUGACACUGGAGACGGAAUGCCAAGGAUCCUCGUUCACCAUGCGGGUACAUCUUGAAACUCGAGCUCCAUUGACUUUCUAUUUUGGAAGGUGGGAAUUGCGAGUCCCAAAAACUUGCCUGUUUCCAACUCAAGCCAGGGAGGGAAGACUCAAGAAGGCCAAUCCGCAGUAUUUUAUACUUCAACUGGUGGCUCCGGACAAGAAAAGUCAUAUUCUGCACCCCAACUCCUGGAGCUGUGAAAGGGUUAAAAGCUCCAGAGUGGCACAUGCAUGCGGCACACGGAAUAUCUGGUGUCAUUUGCUCCUGUACCGAUUUCGUUUACACGUUUACAAAUCUGUACCCAGCUUGUCACCAACUCGCUCCUUAUAUAUCAUUUAUUAUGAUAUCAGUUGUGGGCAACCUUUUGUGUCCAAAGCCGCCCGCAGACGCAGACCCUGUGUUGCUUAUAUACACUCAACUGACUACUCUCUAACAACUUGAUCAUAAAUCCAAAAUAUUGCAGCAUCCCAUAGGCCAACUUGUGGUCCUAAGUCUAGCAUGUGGGUCUGCAAUCUACUGUCACGGCUGGCAAGUUCCGCGACUCUUAUUCAGAUUCUGUAGAAGCUGUAUACAAUCUCUGAAUGAGAAUACUCCGGUGUCGAUGACUAACUCCAACCGGAGCAUCCCAAUGAUUGACUCGGAUCUAAGUCCCUUCACGACUACAGCUGCCAAGGAACAAGCUGUUAAUAUUCAGGUAGCAAAGCCUCAGACUGGUAAUGAUUCGCGAUCUACGAAAGGUGGCAGAAGAUCCUUAGAAUAUAAUGAAGUGAAGGAGAUGUGGUCGUCACUAGGAGAAGAAAUGGACAGAUCAGGAACAGUACAAAGUUUACGUCGCGUGUUGGGGUAGAUCAAACAUCGAGGGCAAUGGACGAUCAUGAUGCCGAAAGUAAUAUCUGGUUGAUAUCAUCCAAAGGAUUUCUUCGGGGGAGAUGAGAGACAUGACAACAACACGAUUCGAGAAACACAAAUUUGGUAGAAUCAGGCAGCUCACCAAAUUCAACAACUCCCGAGAACUUGAGGUUUUUCAUGACUAGCUGACCAUCCAUAUAGUUUGAAUGGAUUACUUACCGAAGACUACUGACUGGUGGAGCUGACGAAAGUGGUAAAGGCUAGCAGGUUUUCAGCUUUCAUCACGUAAAGCAAACGUGAGGACCGAAUUUGGUUAGAGUGCAGAUAUGCUUCUGGUGUGCGUGGUCAUUCAGCUUGUCAAAACUGAGCAGUUGCAGAAAAAAAAUGCUGUGGGUGUGGAUGAUCAUUCAGGUGGGCAGUUGCAAAGCUGAAAUGCUUUUGGUGUGGGUGGUCAUUCAGGUCUUCAAAACUGGCUAGUUGCAGAGCAUAAAUGCUUUUGGUGUUGCUGGUCAACAUACCAGCCACACCAAAAGCAUUUCUAGCAAGGUUGUACCAACCUUGGAUUGAUGAGUGCAAGAGACUAUUUAAAAGGGUACAUUGCGAACACCUCUAGCUGUGUCUCAUUUGAGUUAUUUCGACAGAUGCUGGCAGAUGACCACAGGGAGUUAUUACACAUCGGAACUAUUUUUGAAAAAGAUGGAGGUCUGUGUUACAGGUGGUACAGGUUACAUUGCGUCCUGCAUCAUCCGCAAGCUCCUGGAGAAAGGAUAUAAAGUUCGAACUACAGUCCGCAAUACAAAAGACAAGAAGAGGCUGAACGUUCUCCUGAACUUUCCUGGAGCUGAAGAAAGGCUAACCAUAAUGCGAGCCGACCUCAUGGAAGAAGGAUCUUUCGACGAAGCACUGAAAGGCGUGCAGGGUGUCUUCCAUUGUGCAUGUCCUGUACUUCCACCAAAUGAAAGUGGGACUGACCCAGAGUUGACUAUGGUAGAUCCCAGCGUGAAGGGGACAUUGAAUGUGCUGGGAGCUUGUGUGAGGUCAUCAACAGUCGAAAGAGUUGUAAUGACAUCUUCAUGUUCUGCCGUCCGCUAUGACUACAAUCGAUCUGACCAUGAUGAGCCUCUUGAUGAGACUUGCUGGUCAAAUCCAGACUACUGCAGAGAUCAACAGAUGUGGUAUGCACUUGCAAAAACAUUGGCUGAGAAGGAGGCUUGGAAGUUUGCGAAAGAGCACAACCUUGACCUGGUGGUGGUGAAUCCAUCGUACGUCAUUGGUCGAUUCCCGACUCCAGUUCCUUCGAGCACUGUUCUCUACAUCCUCUAUCUUGUUCAAGGAAGGACUGAAAUAUAUCCGAAUCAGAUCAUUGGAUUUGUCCAUAUCGAUGAUGUCGUUUCUGCACAUAUCCUUGUUUACGAAAAGUCCGAAGCAUGUGGGCGAUACAUUUGCUCAUCAUUGACAGCUCACUGGCGGGAAAUUUUGUCUGCUAUUCGAAAAAAGUUUCCUCAUCUCCUUCUACCUUCGAGAUGUAAGGAGGGUAACGCAGAACUGAUACCCCACACCAUGACGAGCAACAAGAUUACACAACUUGGUCUGAAGGGCUUCAAGAGUUUAGACCAAAUGCUUAAUGAUGCACUAGAUGACUUUGCAGAAAAAGGACUCCUUCCUCUGGAUCAUGAAAUAAUGGCUAAUUUGGUGGUUGAUGACAGCCAAAGCAUCAAUGAGAACCCCCACUAAGGACAUUCUCAACCUGUUCUAUCUAUAAUCUGACAUCAUCUUCCUCCAUAAUUCUGGAAUAAAUCUAUUCUGGACACCCGUAGAGAGAUGCGAAAAGGUCUUUAGCAGGAAAAGUUCAAGAUCUUACGAGAAGAUCAUCUGUUCCGGAGCUUUCGCCCUCCUCAUUAAUUGUAUCGAAGUCACGUGCAUGUUGCACGAGUCGCAGUAGAUCCGUCUUCAACUUUCCGAGUGAGAUGGGUUUCAAGAGAAUACUAUCCAUUCCUGUCUCGAAACAUUUUUCUCUUGUCCUGGUGUCUGCGUUGGCUGUCAAGGCUGAGAUCAGAGGACGUUUCUUGUUCCCGUAUGUCUUGAUAAUUUCUUCCGCCACCAUGAAUCCGUCCAUCUGAUUGCAUUUGCAGUUAGAAGAGAAUUACGACAUGAGGAUUAGGAUACAUGCAGAUAAUAAUCUUACAUCGUUCGCCUCUCUCACACAUGUAUCUACUACUGUGGCAAGAAGUAGAUACUCUAUUUAAAGAUCAGUGCACUACUGUAUUUGAACAGCAGAGAUCAGAGACGUAAUGACAUUGUCCGGAAAGUUAGAAAGAGAAAAA